UGAUCGCGAGCAUUGUACCACCGGAGCCUCCGUAGAUCUAAGCUGCCCUCUGUUUUGAGAAAAUUGAAAUGCUAAUUGACUCUGGGGCUGUGUCGCGGUUGCAGCUAUGAUGAGUAAUUAGUUUUGUGGCAUUAAAGAGUUAGGCAGGCACACAGCCCGUUGGUGGGCAGCUUUCAUAAAGCAAAGGUAGCAAUAUUUUGGAGACUAGCCUCGGGCAGCUAGGGUUCUGCUGCUAACCUUGCUAGCUAGCAAGGAAACCGGUCAGUUUUAUCCAGCGCAGGUUCUAAUCAACACCGUAUUUUUUCUUGUCGUAGCUGCGUCCACCGUCGGUUUUGCCUUUAGUUCAGGCGUAUAAAGCCUUUUAAUUGUUGCUGUCCGUGGGAUGAUUUUGACUUCGAGAUGACCCACAGUGGCUUCUGACCCCACGGAAAGUCUCGCCAUUUGUCGGUAAGAUUCGAGCUGAGAGCUUCACACAGGCCGACCCAUGCUUUCUGAUGAGCUGGACUCUAAACCAGAGCUGCUGGUGCAGUUUGUCCAGAACGCCUCCAUCCCAUUGGUGCAGAGUCUGGAGGACUCGGAGUCCAAACACUCCUGCCUACCUCUGCUGGCCCCAGCUGAGAGCUCCCUGUGCACUCCUCUGGAGCUCACAGAUGGAGGCCUGAGCCACGACCCGGACACUUCUCCCUCGUUGCCGGAGUUCGGUGGCCUGCCACACCAAAGCCCGUUGGUGGUCCGGUCCCACCCCCAGCCACAGGCGUCUCCAAGCCCCCCGGCUAUUCUGCACGACUUGCAGCAGCCGGACAGCACCUCCUACGUCCUCCUGAACCUUGCCAAAGGCAUCACAGCCUCCUCGGAGUCCCUGAUCUUCGCCGCCGACGGCGCCGGGGACGACGAGGAUGAGGGGGUUUCGUCGGGAGAGUACGGGUUGGACGGGACCGCCCCGUGGUACCUGAGGGUUCAGGAGCUGGCACACGACAGCCUCAUCGCAGCCACGAGGGCGCAGCUAGCCAGAGACGCGAAGGCCAGCCAGGACGCCAGAGCUGCAACUGUCAGUAACGGUGACCACACACACAGCUUGGUCGAAGACGGCGACAAGCGGGAGCCGCCGCCCCGAGCCAGCCGGCCCCUCUCCAAGCAGGUCCUGCGCUGCUCAUUCGAGGGCUGCGGCAGGACGUUCACCUGGCCGGCUCACCUCAAAUACCACCUCAAAACGCACAGGAAUGACCGAAUGUUCCAGUGCAGCGCAGAAGGCUGCGGGAAGAGUUUCUACGUGCUGCAGAGGCUGCAGGUCCACAUGAGGACUCACAAUGGUGAGAAGCCCUUCAUUUGCAAGGAGAAGAACUGUGGCAAAAAGUUCACCACCGCCGGAAACUUGAAGAACCACAGGCGCAUCCACACAGGUGAGAAACCUUUUCUGUGCGAGGCAGAUGGUUGCGGGCGGUCCUUCGCCGAGUAUUCCAGCCUACGAAAACACUCGCUCGUGCACUCAGGUGAGAAGCCUCACGUGUGCGCCAUCUGUGGGAAGACCUUCUCUCAGUCGGGCAGCAGAAACGUCCACAUGAGGAAGAGACACGGAGAGGAGGGGCUCAGCGGCGACGGCAGAGAAACAGGAGAGGCUCUCACACAAAGCAGCCUGCUGGAGGCAGAUGGUGAGAAUGGAGGUGGUUUGGUCACCAUGACAACAGCGGUGGAGCCCAUGAAUCUGCAUCACGUGAUGCUGAGAUCACCAGGUUCUGCCGACUCGGUGGUCGUCCUUUCUCAGCCGCAUGAGCUGGUGACCAUGACAACAGAGGGCCAUGCUUACGGAGAGGACGUGGUGGCUCUGCUUUAGUCUCCCAUCAUGACAAACAUCGCGCACGCUUUAUUUCAGCAGCACUGGACUGACGGGGGCACAGUGGGGCGAAACAUAGACUAUUUGUAAAAAAAAAGCUGAAUCAGUCUCUUAACAUUUGUAGAUAUUUGUAAUUAGCAAACAAUUUUAUUUUGACACGUGUAACAUGGCAGAGUUUGUAUGAGCGACUUUUUUUUUUCUUUUCCCUUUUUAAUGCUCCCAAAGAAAUGCAGAAACGGGUUUGGAGGAGGACGACGAAGCUGUUAUAGAUGUUCUAUCACCAGCUGCCAUUAGCCACGUUUACAUGCACAAAACCUCACGAUCAGAUUAUAAUCAGAUUGCACCGUUUAUAUUGGCACUAAAUGAAUUAAUCGGAUCAUAAUGUGUGUUUAUAUGCACCUGGCUUUAUUCAGUAUAGAACCACUCUGACAUGUGCAGUUAUCAAAUUCCCCUAAAAAAACAACACAUAAGUACUUCUGUCUUUGCUAAACAACAAAAAUAGGAAACAAAGCAGUAUUGUACGAGUUUGUUUGUCUUCCGAGCGCCCAGGCUGGACUUGUACGAUGUUCUAGUUACAGUUAAAAUGUUAGAGUAAGAAACAUGUGCGCACUCGGGUCAGUGUGGCACAUUCAGAAUAACUUGAGCCUGACAAGCGUUUAUCUGCACAUCAGAUUAUCAAUCGGCAUAAACCACCCCUCUCAUUCGGAUUAGUUUCAUUAAUAUUAAUCCUAAUAUUCUGAUUGGCUUGUUUACGUGACAUUUUUAGUCCGAUCUGCCCUUUAUUCCGAUUUUCUUUUGUCCAUGUAAACGUAGAGAUUUGAAAUGCAGUGAGAUUAUUUCCAGAUGGGGAAAAAAAUUAUUACCUGGAGACCUCAGUGGCUGCUCUGCCAGUCACAUUGUAUCACACAUGCACCAUUUUAUGGUUAAAUAAAAAAAUAACUACCCUUUUAAAUAAAAAGAGCAGAUACGAA